AAGAAUCGUUCAAAAACAAUGUAUUCCAAGAAUACACGUGUUUGAAUCUGUUAUUAUUAUUAUUUGAAUUUUGUUUUCAUUUUUUUGAAAAAUUUAAUUAAUUUAAUCAAUCAAUUGUGUCAUGGGAUUUCGUGGCGGUGGAAGAGGUGGUGGUGGCGGUGGCUUUAAUAGAGGAAGAGGUGGUGGUGGUGGUGGAUUUGGUCGAGGCGGCAACCGUGGUGGAGGAAGAUUUGGUGGCCGUGGUCAAGAUGAUGGCCCGCCAGAACAAGUUGUCGAAUUUGGCCAUUAUACUCAUCCUUGUCUAAAUCAAUUGGUCAUCAAAUCUGAUAUAGAAGAUGUUCCAUUUUUCAACGCACCAAUAUACACUCAAGAUAAACAUCGUAUUGGAAAAGUUGAUGAAAUUUUUGGCUCGAUAAAAAAUUAUUAUGUUUCCGUGGAAUUGAUGGAAAAUUUUUUUGCCAAUUCGUUUAAAGUUGAUUCCAAAUUUUAUAUUGAUCCUCAAAAAUUAUUGCCAUUAAGUCGUUUUUUGGGUCCACCUGGUGGUGGUGGUAAAAGAGGCGGAUCAAGUAGAGGUGGUGGCCGUGGAGGAGGACGUGGUGGCGGAAAUCGAGGCGGUAGUUUUGGGGGACGAGGAGGUGGUGGACGUGGCGGCAGUUUCGGUAAUCGUGGUGGUGGCCGAGGCGGUAGUUUUGGAGGACGAGGUGGUGGACGUGGUGGAAGUUUUAGCGGAGGAAAUCGAGGACGUGGUGGCGGUGGUUUUCGUGGCGGAUUUCGUGGUGGAAAACGUUAGUUGAUAAAUAAUAAAAUCAUUCAACAUUUCAAAACAUCAUUUUUUUAAUUUUUAUUUCAUAAAAUACAUCCAAUAAAUGUUAUUUCAAACUGAGAAAAA